UAUAAGUAAAAUCCAAGGUCGUUCUUUGGAAUUUUGCCAUUUAUCUGCAGCGACGCCUGCCGAAGCUUGACUGAUGCUCGAAUUUUCAUCUCUUUCCAUCUUUUUUUCUUCUUCUUUUCUGGUAUAUGCCAUUUGUUUCUUCGAUCUGCUGCUUCGGAAACUGGCAGAUUUUGGGGCUGCGAUUUGCGGCUGAAUCUUGCGGAAAAGGUCGCACCUUGUGAGAAUGUGAGAUCUGUUUAGCUGCCGAAUUAUUGGGUUUGUUGUGAAAUUGCUGAGCUUUUUCGAGAGGACUCUGAAUUGAUUGAGGGGCCUCCCCUGAGGAAAUUAUGGUAAAGGUUUGACCUUGGCGCGUUUGUUGAACGCGAAGUCUGAAUCUCGGUGAAUCGUGAACCACUGUGAAGCAGAAAUCUAGGGUUUCGGUAGUUUCCUGGAAAAGGGUUGGAAUUGGAGGAUUUCUUGCGAUUCAACAUUGCUGAUUUGUUUGUGAUCCUAUGAAUUUCGUGAGUUCCUUUCGGCGUAGGAAAAAGACGAGGGAGUUGUUGAGUUGUCCAAUGGGGAUGUUGAUUUUCAUUCCAAAUUGAUUGCGAAUGGAAAUCCUGAGCUUGUUCUUGUAGUUGCGAGAAGAUAAAGGAGGUGAGAAAUUGCAGCAAAAGAUGUCUUCUUCGCCUUCUCCUUCUUCUUCGGCAUCUCCUCCGACUUCCACGGUGUCUCCUCCUACUCGACUACCAUCUUCCCCGCCGCCGCUGCCGUCGCCUCCACCACCUCCUUCAGGUACCGUUCCCUCGCAGCCGGUGCCAUCUCGCUCUUCGCCACCUACCACUUCCCAGCCACCACCUUCCACUGUCCCUCUACCUCCUUCCGUACCUUCAGCGCCGACUACUCCUAAUGCCCCUCCACCUUCUACAUCCCCACCUCCUCUAGCGUCACAGCCUUCACAUUCUAGUGCGCCGCCAACAGGUACUCCUCUACCACCAUCGGCUAAGCCACCUAGGAGUUCGUCUUCACCACCACCAACACCGGAGUCCUCAAACCCCAGUUCUCCUCCUAGUAAUUCUUCUGCAACUCCUAAUCCACCUGGUCUUUCUCCUCCAUCCCUAGUUACUCCUCCGGGCACUGCAAUUGAUCCUCAUAAAUCAAAUCCCAAUAGAACAAGCAAUCGAAGUUCAGAUGCGUCAGAGGGAGGUAGAAGCUCUGGAUUUGGUGGCAGCCUUACGACUGGAUCUGUUGUAGCUAUUGGAGUUGUAGCAGUUCUUAUUGCAUUUAGUUUGGUGGGAUUUGCAGUUUGCAUUAUCAGGAAGCGCAGAAAAGCUGUUGCUGACCACAAUGCAAGGGUUGUCAUGCCUUCUUCAUUUAGAUCUUCAAUUUCAGAAUCAUCCCUUUCAAGGUCCCCAACAGCCCCUCUUGUGCAACAACAGAAGUCUGAAACCACUUCAAGAACCAAUUCAUUAUCUGAAACACCAAGGGCUGGUAAAACACUAUCAUUUUCAUAUGAAGAGUUAUACAGAAUCACCAAUGGUUUCUCACCUCAAAAUAUAUUGGGAGAGGGUGGAUUUGGUUCUGUUUACAAAGGGUGCUUACCUGAUGGAAGAGAAGUGGCCGUGAAGCAAUUAAAAAUUGAAAGUAGGCAAGGUGACCGUGAGUUCAAAUCUGAAGUGGAGAUUAUCAGCCGUGUGCACCAUCGCCAUUUGGUUUCUCUUGUAGGGUAUUGCAUAUCAUACGAUCAAAGGCUGCUUGUGUAUGAUUUUGUGCCCAAUGGAACACUUGAAUCUCAUCUUCAUGGGAAGAACACAAGACCUGUAAUGGAUUGGGCAACCAGGGUGAAGGUUGCUGCUGGUGCAGCUCGUGGCAUUGCUUACCUGCAUGAGGAUUGUAAUCCGAAAAUAAUUCAUAGAGAUAUAAAGUCUUCCAACAUUCUAUUGGACAAUAACUUUGAAGCUCAGGUUUCUGAUUUUGGCCUUGCAAGGUUAGCUUUGGAACUGGAUGCUUGUACACAUGUAACUACUCGUGUGAUGGGGACAUUUGGGUAUUUGGCACCUGAAUAUGCGUCCAGUGGCAAAUUGACUGAAAAAUCUGAUGUUUUUUCUUUUGGUGUUGUGCUUUUGGAACUUAUUACUGGAGAAAAGCCGGUUGACAAUACAAGGCCAUCGGGUGACGAGGGACUUGUUGAGUGGGCACGACCAUUGCUUUCCCAAGCACUUAAAACUGGCGAGCUUGGAGAAUUACCUGAUCCUAGACUCCAUGAGAACUUUGAUAAAAGAGAAAUGUUCCGUAUGAUUGAAGCAGCCGCUGCAUGUACCCGUCAUUCAGCAUCGAUGAGGCCUCAAAUGGGGAAGGUGGGCCGGUUUCUUGACAGUCUUGCCGACAUCGAUCUUACCAGCGGUAUAACACCAGGACAGAGCGAAGCCUUCAAUGUAGCUAAUUCAGCGGACAUCAGAAUAUUUCAGCAGUUGGCAUAUGGCAACCCUGGUUCUAGUUCUGACUACAGCCAUUCCCAUUCCUAUUCCUAUUGGAGUAAUCAAAAUGAUGUAUAAAGAUGGCUUGUGUGGCAUUUGCACUGUUGUAUUUUUUGGUGUAUAUUAUUGUUUUUGCCCUACUAGUAAAAGCAUGUUAUGUA